UACCCGCGGGGAUAGAGGCAGGAAACAUUUGUUUAUGAUUUGUUUAUAUGGCAAACUUCCCCGUGCCAGCCAGCCAGCCUUCUUUCCCGUUACGUUCAAGCGCAGAACGAGACAUUCGAACGGAAUGUCCCCAGUUCCACAGCUGCUGCCAUGACUCUACAUAUGGCACGCGAUAAGGCAUAAUAAAGAGAGGAAGAGAGAGAGAGACCAACACAGAACAAGUACGAAAAAGUAUGCUUUACCCUCAACGAGCGACACACGAUUGACAACACGGAACGACAGGUUCGACGGGAGGAGAGUCCGAUUCCAAUUUCCACAUGCUCACCCGUGACACGAUAUCACAUUCCGGUGCAGCACACGAAAACAGGCAUCGCUUUUAUGCUCCAUUUUUUCCCCUCUGCUAUUGCACUUGACUCUCCAGGUCACCCGCCCGCAUUUCGCGUUCGGACAGAAAGGGGGAGGUGUGCGAGCUGCCGCUACAGUGUGUUGGUGGGUCGUUUGUGUGCACCACGCGCUCGCCGCCUUCGCCCCUUGUCGCACAGGGCGGAGUCGCCCCUACUUGUCACACCGUUCGCUGGAGACAACACAUCAACCUAUCAAACACACCUUGCAGUGUGUGUCUCCUCAUGUAGUGUGCGGGUGGCAGCAGUGUCGUCUAACAGUGGCCCACCACCACCACUCCCCGUUGGAUUCUAUGCUCGUGUGUGUCGUUCCUUGCGUUUGCGAUUUACGCGCGAUUUAUCGCCAGUCUCGUUCGAGUUACCGCGCGAGUUGAUCGAUGGCGUCCGCGAGUCGUGUGCUGCUGCCGUUGCUGCCGUUACGCUAAUUUUUGUCGGCACUUGGGGCCAAAGGUGACCCCCGUUGCACUAGGCAGCAGUUCGUUCGCCAGAGUAACAGUGUGGCGCGCGUUUUGGGAAAGAUCUCGGGACCACUGCUCGGAUGGUGGAUUGUGUGUUGAAGGUGGCCAGGAGGACGUUUCAAUUUCGAUGAUAGUGUUUUUUUUUUCGUUGUUUUCCACCAUGAUGAUGAUGAUCAAACAGCAGAAAGCCCGAAAGCAGGAACCGAUACAGCGGGUGCGGGUCGUGUUACGAGAUCUGCACGAGAACAACCUGGACGUUGCGAGCAUCGUGACGACGGCGGCCACUGGCAGCGCGAUGGCCGCGAUGGUCAAAGCCAACGAAACACCGACCGUUGAAGUGCAGCAGCAACAGCAGCAGCAGCUUGAUCAGCAGCUAUUGAACGAACCCUGCCCAUCGACCAGUACCGGUAAGGGAGGACAGCAGCAGGCCGGCACGCCGCAGAUAGUGGUGGGCACGAUAGAGCUGAACAAUUUAAAUGGGGACGUUGCAAACCACAAGCAAGAAAAGGAGAUCGGCACGAGCAACCAGUUCGAGACGCUCACCCUGAUCGACGAGGACGACGAGGAGGAAAAGGAUCGGAACUGCUCGAACGCACACUCCUCCUCGUCGUUGCUUUCCUCCAACAACGACAAUCGGUCGGCGGAGGAAAACAACUUGCACAACGCGUCAACGCUCGCGAUCGGUGAGCAGCACCGGCGGCGCAGUCGUCGGCGUAGCAGCCAGAAGGAUCGCCGUAGCGCCGAGGACAUCGAUUCGAUCGAUCAAGCCGACAGUGCGGUCGAUGUGCGGCACGAUGAGGAAGAACCGAACGUGUUUGAUGAUGAGGUGCAGGAAGAGGAUCAGAAGCAGCACCAGCACCAGAAGGCGGGCUCCAGUCCCAACCCCAGUGCUGCCGCUGUUCGCCGGCGCAAGAACCAACGGCAACGAUCGCGACAGCGAAGAUCACCGGCCCUGGUACAGCGGGACCAGGUGGAUGGGGGGGAUGGCGAGGAGCAGAAGGAACCGUACGAGAAGGCCGUCACCUGUCUGUACUGGUCGCUGGCGUGUUGGGAUUGUAACAUUUCCUAAGGCAGUGCGGGGCUGUUCUUGCCUUCUCAGGUUCUCCUCGAGCAUCGGGAGACACUUUAGUUUUAGAUAUGGUAGAGUGUAGGACAGCAGCAGCAAUGUGUUUGCCACAGCACGGACAACGUUUAAAGAUGACCCGAAUGCUCAAAACGUGCACCGGAAGGGUUGCAAUCUUAAAAAAAACCGCUUCAGAUAGUGAUAGAGUGAGGAGGCGGAAGAAAGCACAACAAGAAAACUUAAGGCAGCUUUGGAAAAACGAGUUUUGCAUCAAUGUGUGGGGGAAGUCUGAGCAGUAGUCAGCCAUUCAGCAUGAAGCAAUAUAUAGAAAUCUCAGUAUUUUUGCCUUUUUUACACACCUUAGCACGAAAAUGAUCGUAAAUUUAAACUUAUUUUUUGACAAAAUGUACACCAAACCAAGGAUCGCAUGUGUGCGUUUUGGAAAAAAAAAAUUUAAAAAGAUGCAAUGAACGUAAUUUAUGACAAAUUUUAUACAAAAUUCUACAACUUUUGAAUCAUUUACCGGUUGGCAUAAAGGGAAGCAAAUUGUCAAAUUGCUAGGAAACGAUGUAAAUUAUUCUGUGCAUCCCAUCCUCCCCACGGAAGAGUGUAAGUUUACACCGAAAAUGCACUAUUUAUGAAGGCAGUCAAUAAAUGUAGUGAUUAGAUUUUUGUAUAGAAACACAGCAACACAGCAAUACUGGAA